CAGAUUUCUACCAUGACAUCAUCUUCUCUAACGAUCUCGUGAAUUUGUUGAGAAAAGCACAGCAAGCAACCUAAAAAGAUCGGAAAUUUAUUUCUAACCAGAAACCCGUGGAAGGUUUUAUCAUUAUUAUGUGUUGCACUGUGCAAAACAAGGAAAAGGAAUAUAAGGACGGAAACUACGAUAACCUUUGAAGUUAUUUUCUGAGGUCUUACACUGUCACAGUGAGUGAAUAUUAAUCAUUCGACAAUAAGCCGAGAAGUUGUACUUGUGGGGAGCCCAUUAGCCAAACUUGAACCAGAUACAAAAAAUCUCCAAGCUUUCUUUUCUCAUCACCCAUGGCGAUGCUCUCGACUUCACUCUCAGCCGCCGGCUCCAAAUCCGCCGCCACCCUUUACUCCCCACCUAACUUCUCUGGUCUCCGCCGAUCAUCCUGCCCCAAGCUCGAAAACCCUUCUUCCAACUCUCUCCACCUAUUCGAUUCUCAGCUCCGAUUACCUUCGCUCUCAGCUCGUAGGCCUUGCAGAGCCGUCGUUGCCAUGGCAGGAACCGGAAAGUUCUUUGUUGGUGGAAACUGGAAGUGUAAUGGAACAAAAGAGUCCAUCACUAAGCUGGUCUCGGACUUGAAUGAUGCAAAAUUGGAGUCUGAUGUUGAUGUUGUUGUGGCACCUCCAUUCGUUUACAUCGACCAAGUGAAGUCUUCACUGACAGAUAGAAUUGAAAUAUCUGCUCAGAACUCUUGGGUCAGUAAAGGUGGAGCUUUCACUGGAGAAAUCAGUGUGGAGCAAUUGAAAGACAUCGGGGCGAAGUGGGUUAUUCUUGGGCAUUCUGAGAGGAGACAUGUCAUUGGUGAAGACGAUCAGUUUAUAGGGAAGAAAGCUGCUUAUGCAUUGAAUGAGGGCCUAGGGGUGAUUGCUUGUAUCGGCGAACUAUUGGAAGAUAGAGAAGCUGGGAAAACUUUUGAUGUUUGUUUCACUCAGUUGAAAGCAUAUGCAGAUGCUGUACCUAGCUGGGACAAUAUAGUUAUAGCAUAUGAGCCAGUCUGGGCUAUUGGAACUGGCAAAGUGGCUUCACCACAACAGGCUCAAGAAGUGCAUGCUGCUCUCCGAGAUUGGCUUAAAAAGAACGUCUCGGAUGAAGUAGCUUCCAAAACCCGUAUUAUUUAUGGAGGAUCUGUAAAUGGGGGUAAUUGUGCCGAGCUUGCAAAAGAAGAAGAUAUUGAUGGUUUCCUUGUUGGUGGGGCAUCCUUGAAGGGACCCGAGUUUGCCACAAUCGUGAACGCCGUGACAUCCAAGAAAGUUGCAGCAUGAUGUUUCACCUUAUUUUUUGUUCAACCAAUAAGGGAAGGGACAAGAGAGGCUAUUACCUUCACCUAGGAGCUUACUGUAAUCACAUGGAGUUCUGCCAUGCCAUCCCCUUUUCGUUUUUCUUCGUUAUUCUCGUUUCUCAGGCACAUUCAUUUCGCCUCGCCCUUCACUUAACUUCAUUUGAUUACAAGGUCAGCUGGUUUUGCAUAAAAUAUACUAGAGAAGGAAAGGCCACUCCUACAUUUACCCCGAGUCUUGUUGUAACUUCAAUCUUUGAGCUGUAACAUUAUUAUUAGUGCGAGCUAUGGUUAGGCAACGUGCAUGUUGUCUCAAGAGGAGCCGCUUGAGGUUUGAUGCAUAAGCUUUCUUCUCUCUUGGUGCUCAAGUAUAUCCCUACUGAAUGCUGUUUGGUUAAGUUUUCAUCUACUGGCUUGCUG